CCCCUUCAGUGAGAAACCCUUUCUCAUCAGUCAAUUAACAUCAAUUAUCCUAUAAAGGUAUUGGUCAUCCGAAGGUAAUCCCACUCACCCUCCAUAACCAAAACUGCCCUCAAGAAAUUAUUUCCUUUCAACGCACAUAUCAAUCCGCAUUCAAGUGUCGUUCGUUAGCAACAUUCCAGUAUUUGUAGCGCACCAUAAUCAGGUAUUGAGCACGCAUCAAAGCACCAUCAGUUCUCAAUCAGAUUUUCGAAAAUUUGUCCCUGAUCUCUUGCAAGAGUGACGAACUAAGGAUCGGUUUGGCGGUUGACUGCAUGAUAUUUUCAAAAGCUGGUCUAUACCUCAUCAUGUCGAUGUCACAAGAGUGUCCAAAGGUGUAUGCAUCCGCAGUUGAUCAAUAGCUUCUUCAAAGUUUACUCUAGCUCAUCAUGCGUACCUCUGCAUUUCUCACUGGAUUGGUUAGCUUGGCUGCCUCCUCGCUUGCCUUCACUGUCAAUGGUCCAUCUGCUGCCUCUUACUGGGUGCAGUUUUCCACCAACACCAUCUCCUGGUCUCAGGGAUCAGGCGACCCACCAGUCGUCAGUCUUCAGAUCGUUAACCCCAACCACAACUUGCUCAACGGUGCAUUCUCCAUCGCGGAGUACGUGAAAGCAAGUUUGGAAUCAUACACCGUUACAAAUGUAACUCUCCUUGUUGGUGAUGGUUACCAAGUCCAAAUGGUCAAUUCCACCAACGCUACGCAGGUAUACGCCUCUUCCGGUACCUUCUCUGUCAAGGAUGCCAACACCACCGCCGCUCCUGUGGCCAGUACCUCUGGCAGUGGAUCAGCAAACGGAUCAGGAAAUGGAUCAGGAAGCACCACUGGUACCAACGGCAACAGCGGCUCAACCACAUCCAACACUACCUCCACCAGCUCAGGUGCUCGUACUGCAGGCUCCGGCGCUGGUAACUCAACCGCUGGAUCUAACGCCAAAUCUUCGGCCACCAUCUUGAGCCCUGCCAUGGGUCUCUUCACCGUCUCUUUGGCUGCCAUCGGUUUUGCUUCGCUUUAAAUAGUGAACAUUGACCUGUUGAUUGGGAUAUGCUGUUGAACACUCAGAGUUAAACUACCUUGUCAAGCGUCACUCAUUUUGUUGACUAGUUAGUUCUAUCCCAACCUCUACUUGUGAUUCUGAUCAUCGCCUAGUAACCUGCUCCCAAUGUCAGAUGGUCAGACAUGACUUCUAGUUUUGCUCGUCCUCAUAAUGUCCCUCUCCCUGUUCCUCUUCCUUUUUAUGACGAAUUUGUUUUGCCAAUGACGCACGACUGUGAUGACGUCUUUUGUUGCUUUUCUAUCCGACCUGCUUUCUUAAUAUCUGCAUUUGGAAUUUUUACCACGUUUGACUUGAAUCUCUUG